CAUGUGCGGAUUGCAUUUCUUGUUGGGUCAACCAAUGCACACCCUUCUUUCCAAAUGGACGACCUGGAAACCCAAAGACUGAUAAACUAAAUUGACUUCUUUCAUUAACAUUUACAGGAUUUCGUAUGAUUCUUGGAGUUAACAUCAAGUGGUUGAAAUAGUGACUACAAAAAUGUGAUAUUUCUCGAUAUAAGUAAUAUGCACAUAUUGAUCCUUCAACUCAGCUUUAUUUUUCACUAAUCGCUUUGAAUCACCCAUGAACCUUUCAAUCGGAUACCUCCACCUAUAUUAAACAGGUCCUCCAAGAUAAGCUUCAAAGGCAAGAAGCACAGGUAGAUGUUCCAUGGACUCAAAAAAAUUAGGCAGAAAUACUUGUUCCAACUUAUUGAGAAUGACUGGAAUAUUUCGGUCUAACUUAAUGAUGUCAUCCACUCUAAAAAAUUGACUAAUUUCAGUUAGUGGAUUAAGGACAUGUUUGGGUAGAGAACUGAACGCAAUUGGUAGCAAUUGUUUCAUAAAAAUAUAGCAAAUGACUUUUCAUACAAUGCAACUUCCUAGUGUUAGGAUCGGCAUACCUUUCUAAAUUUGAAGAAUAUCCGCCGGGAAUACUCAAGUCUUUUAACCAUCGAUAAACCGCUUUAGCUUCUUGGGAGCUCAGACUGAAACAAGCAUUCGGUUUUAAUAAUUUUCCAUUAGGUUGAGGCUUGAACUCCAACUCUUUUCGAUUACAUAAAAAUUUUCAUAUAUUGUCAAGCCUUCUCAUUAUAUCUUGCUUUGUCUUUAACAUCCAUCACUGUGUUCAAUACAUUAUCAAAAAAAUUCUUCUCAAUAUGCAUAACAUCAAGAUUAUGGCGUAACAAAUUAUCUUUCCAAUACGAGAUGUUCCAAAAUAUACUUUUUUGUCCAAUUGUGUUCGACCCCAUAUCCUUCAAUUCUACAUGCCUUUCUAGUAUCUAUGAAUUUUGGUAGUUCAUAAACUUGGACCCAUACAGCACCUGAUGACAAUUGAGGAGGAGGCAAAUAUGUUACUCGUUCGUCUUUUUUGAAAUUUGUCUUGUUUCUUCUAUAUGGAUGAUUUUUUGGUAGAAAUCUGCGGUGACAGUCAAACCACGAGCUUUUCCCCCCUUUAUCCAACGUAAACGCCUUGGUGUGUCCCAUACAAUAUGGACAACCCAUUUUGCAAUGUGUACCCCAACCAGACAACAUGCCAUAUGCUGGAAAGUCGUUAAUGGUCCACAUCAAAACAGCUCACAUAGAAGUUUUGUUUACGGGAUAUAUCAUAAGUCCAUUCUCUAAUCCACAACCUCUUCAAAUCGUCGAUUAAAGGUUGUAAGUACACAUUAAUUCCGGCUUUUGGAUUCGAAGAUCCUGGAAUGACGCACGUCAAAAACAUGUAUGGUUUUGUCAUGCACAUAUCAGAAAGGAGGUUGUAAGGGGUUACAAUAACUGGCCAACAUGAAUACGCACUUCCGGACUUUUGGACAUAUGGAGCAAAACCAUCUGAGCAUAAUCCAAGCCUGACAUUUCUAGGUUCUGCGGCAAAAUCAGGAUAUAUUUGAUCAAAGUUCUUCCAUGCUUCGCCAUCAGAUGGAUGUCGCAUAGUGCUUGGACUUAUUUUGUUUCUAUGAUGCCAUGUCAUUUGACUUGCACUGUGCAUUGAAGUAAAUAUUCUUUUUAACCUUGGUAUUAUCGGAAGAUAAAACAUGGACUUUACUGCUACACUAGCUUGAUUACUGUUAAUGGCUCUACUGCAAAAUUUAUAUCUUGGACUCAUACAAAACUUACAUUCCUCCAACAAUCCAUCUUGCGUACCAAACUCAUUGUCAUAAAACAACAUGCAACCAUUAAUUUAACAAUCAAUCUUUCUUACUCUUAAACCCAACUUUGACACCAACUUCUUUGCAUCAUAAAAAGUUGUAGGCAAGUUGUAUUUCAUUGCAGUUGAGUCCAACAUCAUUUUUAAAAAGAAUUCCAAACACUGAUCAGGAACAUUCCAAUUUGACUUGGCGCCCAAUAAUCUCACACACAUUGAUAACUUUGAGUAGGACGAUCACUACUAAAAAUAAGACAUUUGGUUUCAAUAUUUUACAUCAGGUAUCAAGAUAACUGAUGUGAAAAAUAUUUGUCAAAGGAUUUUACAUUAGAUUUUAUAACAAAUUGAUGUGAAAAAAAUUGAUUUAGUGAUUUUACAUCAGACAUUUAACUCCACUGAUGGGAAAAAUAACGCGGUGGCAAACUUGUAUUUAAAAUGAAAAUGGGUUAUAAAUGCUUUUACACCGGUGCUAAAAAUAAUCGAUGGGAAAGGGCUACGUAGGCUUUUACAUUGGUCCACAUAUGCACCGAUGGGAAAAGUGUGCUAAUUGGUCUUUUACAUCGGCCCAUAUAUGCACUGAUGGGAGAGGUGCCCUUAAUUGGUACUCGCUGUUACAUCGGCCCAUGUACAAAACCGACGGGAAAGGCCUUUUUUCCACUAAAACCCUAGCCCCCUUUCCACUAAAACUAAGACAUUCCUUUUUUCUUCUUUCAUCACACGUUUCAAACCUCUCUCUGCCGAACCCGCGACCGCCCGACCAACCCGCGACCGCCGUCCGCCUCUCACCGAGUUCGACUGCCGCAACCGCCGUCUGCCUCUCAUCGAUUUCGCUCUGCGGCCAGCCUUCCUCCUCCGCACAGGUCCGUCUCCGCGGUUAGCGUUCCUCCUCCGCGGCCAGACUUCCUCACCGGUUAAUUAGAUGGCUAGUAACGAGGAUCAACCACAAGAUGAUACUAUUGAUGAUGGAUAUCAUGAGAACAUUGUUGAUCAGGAAGCAGAAAUUAGAAGAGGAAUAACACUUAUGAAGAGAGUCAUUCGAGAUAGAGACCGAAGCAUACUUUUAGAUGCGCAUUGGAGCGAAAGUGGCCUACUAAUUGAGCCUAACGGUUCAAAGAUUACAAGUUUUAUUGGUACACUCGUAAGGAAUGCAAUUCCAAUUACUUGUGAUGAUUGGAGAGAUACAAAUUUGGGAAAAGCUAAAGACAAACUUUGGAUUGAGAUACAGAGGAGUUUCAACAACUUGGAGGAUAAUAGAAGAAAAAAUUGUCUUAAAUUGGCCGGAAGACUACUAAGAGGGUUUAGGACUUUUUUAACUAGGAGAUAUCUUAUGGAUGCGAAUAAAAAUUUUGUUGAUGCAGAUUAUCCAGAAAGAUAUAGCAGUUUGAUUUCACGUGAAGAAUGGGUAACGUUUAAAGCAAAACGAAAAAACCCAAAUUUUCGGAGUAGAAGUGAAACAAAUCGGCAAAGAGCAUCAGGUCCCCUAUAUCCAUACAGAAAAGGGCGUAUGGGAUAUGGACGCUUAGAACAGUCUAUUUUAACAAGGGAGAGUGGUCCUGAAACAUCUGUUCCACCACAUGUUUUGUGGAAGGAAGCCCGUGUAGGAAAGGAUGGAGUUGUCAAAGAAGAUGUUGAAAAAGUUUUUGAAAAAUGCGAGACUCUAUCUCAGUCUAUAUCUCCAGAUGAAAGCAAUGAUUGCAGGAGCAUACUUAGCCGCGCAUUAGAUAUUCCUGAAUAUUCUGGUCGAGUGAGGGGUAAGGGAUUUGGAAUCACUCCUACAUCCUUGAAGAUGAAAAAACAGAAGGCUCCUAGAAAUAGAGAACUGCAGGAAACCUUGUAUGCACUACAAGCUGAAGUCCGCGAAUUGAAAAGGGAAAAAGAAUUAAGAGAGCAAGCUUCGGGUUGUAAAGCUACUAGUGACAAAGGUAGUAUCGGUUGUAAUUUUCAACCGAAUCUUUCAGAGGGCAUUUCACCUUGCCAACUCUACUUAUCGUCACCGACUUAUUGGAUGGUUGGCAAGGGAAAAGUGCAUAACACUUUGGGAGAGUUACUUCACACUAGACCGCUCCCUACUGGCUGUUUGAAAGUAUCGGUUGACACUGCUUUAGAGAAGGAUGCGUUAUUACUGCAUCCUGACGAUGUUUCGGAUGCCACAUUGGUGGGAGAUGCAAUAGGUUCGUUUGUUGCAUGGCCGUCAAGCCUCAUUAGUGUAGAUGAUGAGACUCCAACAAAAUCCAAAGCAAAAGACAAGGAGCUUCCGCAGAAAAUCGAGUCAGUUGCAUCAAUGAAAGAGAUGCAUGCUAAAGAGAUUGAAGAUGUCAGUAAGGGUAAGAAGCCUAAAAAGGUUGUUCCUAAGAAGACCGCAGCUAAGAAAAAACCUACUCCCAAUAAGUUUAGGUCGUGCCUUUUCACAUUUUUACAACUCUCUGAUAUUCCGCAAGGAAACACCUAUCUUGUACCUAUGGAGGAAGAUUUGUUUGGUAUUGAGUAUCAAGAAACAAUUGGUAUGGAGGAUUUUGAACAAAUUUUUGAACAUACGCAAUUAGGCCUCGGUAUUAUUGAUACAUACAUAAGGUUUUUGUAUGAAAAAUUGAUGCACCCGAGUGGAUUGAGGCAAAGAUUCGCUUUCUUAGCUCCCUUCAAUACCAACUUAGGGUUAAUCAUAUCUAAACCGGAUGAAGUCAUGGCUGGACAUUGGUUUUUGGUCGCGAUUAAUCCUAUCAGAGAAGUUGUAUAUUUUCUGUAUUCCUUACACAAUGAUCUAAUUAGUACAUACGAAGCUAUGAAGGAGUUGGUUGAUACCGUUAUACAAGAUUUUCGAGCACAGAGAGGAAGUCAAGUACCAAAGAGUAAAGCCAACAACAUCACGUGGAUUCGAGUGGAGUGUCCUGAGCAGUGUAAUGAAGUAGAUUGCGGUUUUUACAUGUUGCGAUUUAUGAAAGAAAUUCUUCUUUUGAAUCAAAUAGAGAUUCCGUCCAAGUACUUUGAUGACUUCAAGUGUGCUACUUACUCAAGAUCUAAGUUGGAUGAACUUAAGGAGGAUUGGUGUCAAUUCAGGAUUGAGUUGAAAGUUGAAUAGGUAUAUUGAAAUCUUACUAUAAUUGAUCAGAAUUUUGAGUAUAGCCAAGUGCAUGUUGCAAUAUUUGAUUUAUCUACAUAGAUUAUUUAGUGAUAUGUAGGCCGUUUGAAAUACAUUCGUGGCAAAUGUAGAAUGGUUUUAUGGACACUAAUGUAGAAUGUUUUUCAACUUUAUAUUCUUUUGUUUUUGGUUUUCUGUUAUUCUGUUUUGUGAUUGUAAUGGUUUGAUGCAUGGAUAUUGAAGGGUAAAAAGGUUACAAUUGCUGGCAAGAAGAAAAAGUAGAUAUUUAGCAUCCUUUUGACUUGUGUAAAAAAUAACAAUGUUUUGGAUGAUGAAAUUGUUUUCAUUGAAUUGGAUGUAAUUUUGUUGUUGUUUAUUAAUAUAUUCUUAGCA